AUGCCUAGAAAAAUGCUGCCGCUCGCCUCGAAAGCGCCCGCGCUGAGCCCGGGGCUCUUUGCGGCGGCGGCGAUGCGAAAGGUCCAAAAGGAUCUGGUGGCGAUGAAGGUGGUGGAGCUCAAGGAGGAGCUGGGCGAGCGUAGCGAGGCCGUCUCGGGCAACAAGGCGUGGCUGCGCCGCCGGCUGCACGCCGCUAUAGUGAGCGAGUAUUUGGAGACCGCGCUGCGGGCGCCGCCGGAGAGUAGAAUGUCCAAAGAUUUAGCGUUUUGA